GACACUUUGUUGUGUAAGGACGUCUUGCCGAUUCAUGCCUCCAUGCUUGCUUGCAGCCACACAACUCAAUUCGUACAAGGGCAGAGGAAACAUUUGCUAAUGGCCUCGAGAUGACAACCAGUGCAGUGCCGUUAACGUUACUUACAAUUAUUUUUAUGAAACAACAGCUCUGCUUAGAGUGCACCUAGUAGUAACAUCGUCCUUCAGCUAGUGCCUCUGGAAGGUUUGUGAACCCACUUUUCUCCCCCUCACCUUCCUUCACUUUGAACCUUUUUUUUUUCACCAUGGUGGUAAUGAAGACCUAUUGUGGGGCGGAAGCUUCCAUUGCGCAGACAUGGGUGGAGGGAGGCCUCUCGCCCUGCUUCUACUUCACCCUCGUCCCCUCUGUCCUCCUCACCCUCUCCUUCUUCUUUGGCACCUUUCACUGCGUCUGCUACCGGCGCUAUGGCACGGACAUGGAACCCAAGUUUGUGCCCCGCUCGCGUCUCUAUGGGGCUCAGCUCGCGCUGUCAGUGCUGCUGCUCCUCCAGGCUUUGGGGGGGAUGGUGUACCAAGUGGCCCAGGGAGCGGAGGAGAUUCCUGGGUACGUGGUGCUCUACGGCUGCCUGUCGAUGCUGGGCUGGGCCUGGGCCAUAGCCUUGUUGAGGCUGGAGAGGAGGAGGGUUCUGGUGAGAGACCGGACCAGAGGCCACAGCACGGUGCUGCUCAUGUUCUGGGCAGUGGCGUUCGCCUCGGAGAACCUGGCCUUCAUCUCCUGGACCAGUCCCUACUGGUGGUGGGGGUUGGAUGGAGAGAAACACCAGGCAGAGUUUGCAUUUUGGCUGAUUCGUUACACUGGAUCCGGAGCUCUCUUCUUCCUGGGCCUCAAGGCACCAGGGUUGCCAAAGAGACCAUACAUGCUCCUCAUCAACGAGGACGAGAGGGAUGUUGAGCAAGGACAGUCUCUGCUGGGCAACCAGGCGGAGGGCCAGUCCACGUGGGCAGACUUCUGGAAGAAGGUGCGCCUGCUGGUGCCCUACAUGUGGCCGCGGGGCAGCGUGCUCCUGCAGGUGCUGGUGCUGCUCUGCCUGGGCCUGCUGGCCGUCGAGCGCGUUAUCAACGUCUUCGUGCCCAUCUACUACAAAAACAUAGUGAAUGAUUUGACCAAUCAGAGCAGCUGGAAAGCACUGGCCACCACAGUGUGUGUGUAUGUCUUUCUGAAAUUCUUGCAGGGUGGAGGAGCAGGGGCAUCUGGCUUCGUGAGCAACAUGCGCUCCUUCCUGUGGAUCAAGGUGCAGCAGUACACCAACCGGCAGGUGCAGGUGACUCUGUUCGCCCACCUGCACUCGCUCUCGCUGCGCUGGCACCUGGGCCGCCGCACCGGCGAUGUGCUGCGCAGUAUCGACCGCGGGACCUCCUCCAUCAACAGCCUGCUGAGCUACAUAGUCUUCAGCAUCUUCCCCACCAUUGCUGACAUUGUCAUCGCCAUCAUGUACUUCAUAUCCUACUUCAAUGCCUGGUUCGGCCUCAUCGUCUUCGUCUGCAUGUUUCUCUACCUCACUCUCACCAUCAUCAUCACAGAAUGGAGGACCAAGUACCGGCGAGACAUGAACACUCAGGACAACAACGCCAAGUCAAAGGCAGUGGACUCGCUGCUGAACUUUGAGACGGUGAAAUACUACAAUGCAGAGAGCUAUGAGGUGAAUCGGUUUGAGGAUGCCAUACUUAAGUAUCAGGUGUCUGAAUGGAAGACCAACGCCUCACUGGCGUUCCUGAACCAGACUCAGAACCUCAUCAUCGGCUCCGGGCUGCUGGCAGGCUCCCUGCUCUGUGCCUACUUUGUCUCCGAGGGCAAGUUUCAGGUUGGAGAUUAUGUCCUCUUCGGGACUUACAUCAUCCAGCUGUACACACCCCUCAACUGGUUUGGAACCUACUACAGAAUGAUCCAAAACUCCUUCAUCGACAUGGAGAGCAUGUUCAAACUCUUCACUGAGGAACAGGAGGUGACAGAUGAUGUAAAUGCAGGAAAUCUCUUGUUCAAGUUGGGGAAGGUGGAGUUUGAGAAUGUAUUCUUCAGCUAUGUGGAGGGAAAGGAGAUCCUGAAGGACGUCUCUUUCACUGUGCUGCCAGGCAAGACUGUUGCUCUGGUUGGUAAAUCCGGCUCUGGUAAGAGUACUAUCAUGCGGCUGCUCUUCCGUUUCUAUGACGUCAACGGGGGCUGCAUCCGGAUCGACGGUCAGGAUCUCUCCAAGGUGAAGCAGACUUCGCUGCGUUCCCAUAUUGGAGUGGUGCCUCAGGACACCGUCUUGUUCAAUGACAACAUCCGAGACAACAUCCGCUACGGGCGCAUUUCUGCCAGUGAUCGUGAGGUGGAGGAAGCAGCCAUCGCUGCUGACAUUCAUGAGAAGAUCCAGUCCUUCCCUGAAGGAUAUGACACGCCGGUGGGAGAGAGGGGACUGAAGCUCAGUGGUGGGGAGAAGCAGAGAGUGGCCAUUGCCCGAACCAUCCUCAAAGAUCCCCAGAUCAUUCUAUUGGAUGAGGCCACGUCUGCCCUGGACACACAAACGGAGCGUAAUAUUCAGGCCUCGCUGGCCAAAGUGUGUGCAAACAGGACCACUGUUGUGGUGGCACACAGGUUGUCCACCAUCAUUGGAGCUGACCAGAUUUUGGUUCUGAGUGAUGGACAAAUCGCCGAGCGAGGAAGGCAUGAGGAGCUGCUGGCCAAGGGCGGACUGUAUGCAGACAUGUGGCUGAAGCAGCAGCAGGCUCAGGAUUCUGACUCCGCUUCUGACACAGAAGCCAAGGACAGGAAGUCAGAAAAACUACAGCCCCCAUCAGCCACUGGGGGCCACCCCCAUGGCCACUGAGCACAAUACUGCUAGCCAAGGCAUUUGGUUUGGCUACAGAGAAACUGCACAUGAGGUACAGGCAGAAACUGAGUCUGUACAGUUGCAAAUCACUGACAGGGCUUGAGUCUUUAUAUUACUUGUUUUAAGGCCGUUUGGGGCACAGUUUGACAAACAUGUUGAUACUGAACAGUUUAUUUUUCUUUAAUCACAAUUUUUAUUUGCUCUUUGAACUUCUGGCUAGUGAUUGUGCUUGAGAUUUUGAAGGGGUAACAGUACCCCUCCAUAUCUUGCACUUUCAUUUGUUCUUUUGGUCUCGUACACAAAACAUCUGUAUAUUCUGUUUUUCGAUUGCCUGUAGGCUCAGUGCUCCCUGUCCGUGUAGUGUUAAUAUUCAAAUACGUAAAGAUAGUAAGUGUUGCAAAGUUAUGCUGACACACACACCUGUUCACUUUAUUUACACAGGUGUAAAUGGCAUCACAAUCUUAUUUAUGUAUGCAAUACAACUUUUUGAGCCUAGGAGAUCAGUUAGACAUGUUGAAUGUAUAUAUUUUAACAUCGUUUUGUUAUUUUAUAUUUUCAUUCUAUGUACCUUUUAACCUUUUUAACACCUUUUAAACAAAACUCCAAACCAUAUAACACCGCAGUGGUUGUGUUCGUCAGAAAUAUUAUGUUUGCUUUUCAUUAUUUUACUUUGGGGAAUUGUAAUCACUACUGAGUGUCCUUUCAAAAAAGGUACUGAAAUAGAGAAGCAGCUUUAGCCAAGUGUUGGAAACACAUGAGCUUUAGGAACAAGUGACAAGGUCACACUACAAGAGCGGGUGGUUUAUUGAGUGUUUCUCAUGGUAUUUAGCGUGACCAUGAGGAAGAACCACCAGGUUUUAAGACCAUAGGGAAGAACCACCAGGUUUAGUGUACACGAGGCCAGUGCAUUGCUAAUCCAAGAAAUGCCCCCCAUCUCACUCUGACACGUGGAUUUGGGUGAUAACAUUACAGACCACUGAAAACUUUUAUAACUGUUCUUGAAAAGCUUACAUAUUGCCAGUUUAUAUUUUGGUGUCAUAAUAUUGACACUUUAGCCGUAAUAUUGAUGAGAAAGCUGCAUUGAAGAUUUGGUCUUAUCUAUGUGUCUGGGCUGGCUUUAAACGGCCAGUGGAAAGGUUGUAAGGUCGUGUGUAAUUUGUAAGUGAGUGUGUGACAUCACAGAUAAUCUCCGUCCUUUAGCUGCCGUAGCCUUAUAAGGGACAGUGUGUGUAGUGCUGUUUCAGUUCUCUUUUAUUUAUAAGAAAUCAGGUCUGUGGAGAAAACAUGAGAGAUUAGGAACCUAUGUUGACGUGAGGCACUUUUGGGCUCUGACGUAUAGAACAUCGGGCUUGCUACUGUAAUAAUGAGUGAUGUGCUCCUACUUCACCUCCUCACCAUAACUGACAGAGUGGACAGAUGCCAAAGAUAACGGGAGAGUCGGGUUUGGGAUAUGCUGAGUCAGGAUGUUUUUUUUUGCUGAGCCGUUGAGUCAGUUUGUCAUCAAGUCAGUAAUAAUUGGCCGGUGAGCAUUUUUGUGUCUGUAGUCUGUGACACUAAUGAUCACUCCUCCAGUGUUGUCAGUAUGAGCAGGUGACGAAUGUGACCUCUGACCUUUUUGUAUUCACUACGUUUCUACACGGCAGAAUCCCAGUUUCAACUGUAGGUGUAGUUUACCAACUGCACCUUUAACAUUUGUCUGACAAAAUGCCCUUUGAGUGAUAUACUAUUGUGUAGGCGUCACAAACUUUGGUGAUUAACUCCUGGUUGAUCAAAUGAAGAGGGCACUGGAGAGUGGGUAGAAUUGGUGUCUGUCUUGGUAUGAACUAUUGUGCCAGUUAUAAUUUGGUCUCAUGAAUUAAAUUGCUGCUAGCAGGAGAUUGAUGAUGGGUGUCUGCUGAUCUGCUCUUGCCUGAGUUUGUUCAAAUGUUUUUAUUUGUAAGGUGUGUAAUAAAUAAAUAAUUUAUAAGAAAA